AUGGCGAGAAGGAUUAUACAUGGGUUGCAACUUGAAUACGACUUUUUGUUGGAAUCAACUGUCUUCACAAUUGAGUUUCUGCACGGUGGUUUAAUGAUGCAUAUUCCUAUGAAAGAAUACCGAGGUGGGUAUUUGGAUUAUUUUGAUGGGGUGGAUGGGGAGAUGUUUGGGUUGAUUGAGUUAAAGGAUUUUAUAGAGCAACUAGGUUAUAACAGUGAUCAUGUGAAUGCCUGGCAUGUGCAUGGAAUUAGUUUACAAGAUGGUAGUCAUAUUAUUGAUAGUGAUCAAUUGGCAUAUAAGGUCAUGAACCUCAUUCCUGAAAACAGAAUAGCGAGAAUUGUUUUAGAACAUGUACAUCAUGGUAUAUUUGAGGAAGAGCAUGAUCUUGAGUUAGGGGAUAGUGAUUCAUUUGAAAGUGUUAGAGGGUCUGAUGAGGAGGAUAAUGUUGUGAAAUUCCUUAAAUAUAAUCCUUAA